AUGACCGACAUAAUUGAUCUCGACCCGGUGGACGAUGAAGUCGGAUACGAAUACGACACGACAAAGAUCCCGGACAUUAUCGCACCCGACGAAAUGAUGGAAUCCGGGUACCAGGAGGGGUCGGAACAGAGUUAUGGAGAUCGUAGGGAUUCCAAAGAAGGAUUUGGCGGCGAAGGGGAUUCCGAUAGCGGGGUCGACGGGAUUAGCAGCGGGUGUAGUACUGCGGACGACUGCCCCGUGGUGUCGAUCAAUGAUGUCGUCGCGUAUUAUGAUGACAUUCGCCCGAGGAGACGGCACGUGCCGCAGCUCAGCUUCUACAAUGUGGACAUCGAGAGGCUAGCCAUGGAUACUCUAAAUCAGGUUAGUUAUUAUUAG